AUUCCAAAGGCAGAUCUCUCUUCUGCUCAGCGGCUGGCGGGAGGAGAGGGCUAGAAGUGUCUCUGAGCAGCGACCCAAAGUCUGAGUGACUGUGACAGGAUACUCUCCUUGUUCUGCCACCAUGAAGUUCCAGAGGAAGAAGGAUAUCAAGCAGCAGAUCCGGGAGCUGCGUGCCAUAAUCUCACUGCAAGAACAAGGGAAGAAGCUUUUUGCACAUUCGACAGAGGAGAAGCUCACUCAGAACAAAGGGCUCAUCAGCUUCCUGCGCGGGAAUGUGCACGACGAGAUGUGCACCUUGGGCGUGGCUCAGAAGUACGACCAGGUGACGAUUUCCCAGGCAUGCUGGGAUCAAAAGCACUUGAAGAUGCAUUUAGCCAGGAGCACCGUGGAGGCCGCCCGAGAGAAGCUGCAAAACUUCAUCUUUAACAGGAUGAACGUGUACAAUGUGCUGCUGUACGAGGUGAAGAGGCGGGGCGGGAUGCUGGAGGGGCUGCAGAGGAAGCUGCAACACCUGGCAGACAUGGAAGGAGCAGACCGACAGGGCCAGAUACAGCUGCAGGUGAUUCGUCAGCUGGAGAAUAACAUAGAGAAAAUGCUGAUGAAAAUCAGGACUGGUGAAAAGAUUUAUUAUCUGUAUCUGAAGAUGGUGGAUUUCCUGAAGGAUGAAUUAGCCCAGCUCCCUUUGCAGCUGAACGUCCUUCAGCACAUGGUAGAAGUCUACCAGGUGGAGCUGAAGGGCAUGAGACUGAUGGCUGUGGAUGCCACCGAAGCAACAGAAGCAGCCAAGACGGACAUGACCAAUAUGGAAACUGAGUUCAUUGCAGAGAGAAGGUUCAGGGAGAAUUCCCUAAACUUCCAAAAGAAGCAGAUUGACAGGAUCCGGGUGAAGGAGGCGAGCGAGCGGCACAGGAGAGUGCAGGCCAGGCGAGACCUCAAUGUGGAUUUCCCAGUGCUGAUAUCACGUGAGUCGCUGAAAGGUGCAAAGCUGGAGGCCUCCAAAGCCCAGAUUGAGUAUCAGGCCCAAGUGACGUCUGAGGUAGACAAGAUAAAGUGUGCAGUGCAGUGCUCACACCUCUGGGACAUUGCAGGGAGGUUCCUGGCCCAGCAGAAGACUGGGGAGAACCUGCAACAGCAGAUAGUGGAAUGUGAGCAGAAGCGUGAGGAGCUGGAGGCCAAGCUGAAGGAGCUGGAACUGGAACGUGCUGAGCUGAAAUUCCACCAGACCCCAAGCUCCAUAAGCUCUAGGAAACUGGCGGAAGAACUGAAGAAGAAUUUGGAGGCAGAAGAGGUCCGGCUACACCAAGUGCACACCCAAAUGCUGAAGAAUCAGGAGCUUCUGCUCAGCUUUGAAAAUGGCAUUGACAACCUCCUAAUUCGCCUGUACGGGAUCACUGUGCCUGGCCAUGGUGACAUUCACGUGGACACCAGUGACACUUACGACAAGCUGCAGUUCUGUGAGACAAAGCUGCUGCACUUGACAAAGGUCAUGACCCACCUUCCAUCCUACAACUUCAGCAGGGAGGAGAACAAUGAGACCUAUGUGAAAGUUAGGAAUUUCCUGGAGGAAAGUACAAGGAAUGAGCGUCAGAACCUGAAGAUUUCUUUUGAGGAUGAAGAAGAUGCUGUUAGAGAUACCUUUGAUUUUGCUGACAUUGACCACAGCUACGUGCCCAACCGGGACGAGAUCAAAAAGCAGGGUGUGCGCCUGAUUGAAACCAUGACCAAGGCUGCCAAGAAGAAGCAGCGAGGAGGCCGGAAAGGCACCUAAGGCCCAGUACCACCAUCUCACACCAAAAGCAACUUUAUUUCAGACUCAAUAAAGCACUUCACUUUCCUCGGCUGGUGUCGUGCUGCCCAGGCCCACUCAGU